AUGAGUUCAAAACCGCAAGCCCAGCGCACUACGAGAACCCGCGCCAAAAGAGCUUGUAUUACUUGCAACGCUCGCCGAGUUAAAUGUAAUGUGGUCGAGAAACAGCCCUGCGAUAAUUGCAGGAUCUCGGGUUCACAUUGUGAGAUUGGAGUUUCAAGGAGAGGAAAAUAUCCCCGAUACAUUGUUAGCCCUUAUCCAAAUGUGGUAGUGCCACCCGCACAGCUGGGAGAUGCUGCCAGAAACACAGUAAAUCCACCGAGAGAUGGCCCUAGAAUCAAGCGAGCUAUACUCUCCCCUGAUGCCAGCGCGCCCCUCGACAGCACAACCUUCGAACCAUCAUGCCCGCAGGUUAAGAGCGAACUCGAUCAAACCAUCUUCUUUGGCGAGUCCAGUCCACUGAACUGCGUCGUCGAAGAAGGCAACAAACCCCUUGAAGCCGGCCGCUCGGCAACCCCAUCAACCAAAAUCAGAUGGCAGUAUCCUAUCCCCGAAGACGUGUGUCGACGAUCAGCCAGUUUCUCGCUAUUCGCAAGUCGCAAAGCACGCAAGAUCGAGCAAUUGACGCGCGAAGGCGCUUUUGAUUUACCUGAGCCAGCGGUGUGCGAGAUGCUUCUUCGGGCUUAUUUUGAAUGGUUCCAUCCAUGUUUCCCCAUCGUCGACAGAGUGGAUAUUAGCAAGUCGUGUAACGACAAGACGAUAUCGCCCCUGUUGCUACAGUCUAUGCUUUUUAUUGGCGCUAGUCUGUGCAGUAUUGAGGCGCUUCAAGCUUCGGGAUUUCGGGACCGUUAUGAAACCAAGUUUCAUUUCUAUGAUCGAGGAAAAGAGAUUUUUGAUGCGGAUUGUGAGACGGACUCACUUUCAAAGUUGCAGGCCGUGUUUUUGUUGAGUUUCUGGCGAAGUACCCCUGGGCAUGAGAAGGAUACCCGGUAUUGGUUGGGAGCUGCUAUCAGUCUUGCUCAGACGGGAGGCUUGCAUAUGCUGUCUAAGCUGUCUCUCCUAAAACCCAAGGAGAAGAGUGUGAGAAAGCGAAUAUUUUGGUCACUCUAUAUACGUGAUCAACAAGUCGCCGCUGCUUACGGUCUGCCACCCCGAAUUCGAGAUGAGGAUUGCGAUAUUCCAAUGCUCGAUGAGACGGACUUUGAUGAGGCUGGCUUCGUGGGAAACAGAGUCAUCUUUGGUAUACAGCGACCCGAGCAUAUUUCAUACAUAAUACAGAUGGUACGGGCAGCUAGACUGCUUAGAGAAGUAGUCUCAGCCUCAUAUCUCCCCGGCAGACUUCGAUAUGACCCUAGUGAUCGCGAAAAACUGAAAGCCCGACUGGUGCAAUUCGAAUCCGAACUACCUCCAGAACUCAAGCUUUCACAAGCCCUGGAGCAUGGUACAAUGUACUUUGCGGGAAUCGUCAACAUUACUUAUAACUAUUUAUACAUACAUCUUUACCGACCAUCAUAUCUCGAUCCAUCCGAUGAAAAGAAACAAAAGGAAGGCAGACUGGCUCUUCAAGCCGCGUGUCAGUGUACGCGAAUCCUCGAGGACAUGCUAUCUCACAACUUGAUUGAGCAUGGAAUGGUGCAUAUCAUCACGAAUAUAUUCGCCGCCCUGUGCAUUCACACCGUGCAGUUCUCGCGUUCCGAAGGCACAGAACGAAAACUCGCCGAACAUCGAGCCAAGCUUUGCUUACUCGGAUUGAAGGAGCUACAAAAGUCCUGGGAUCUGAAUUACUGGGUUUUGGAGAUCUUCUUUCAUUGUUUAGAUGAGAGUACGGCGGAGUACUUGAAAUUAUCGGAAGAGAAGAACAAUAUCAACAAGACCUCCGUGAUCGCCAACGCAAAUUUGAAUACUGACAAUAUGAAUAUUGAUUCCAUGAUAUCAACAGCAGCGGGUAUUACAAACUCGCCAAGCGAGUUUCUACGCAAUACUCACGUAUUACCAGACUCGACCAAACCAGCUUCAGCAGUGGCCGCCGUGGAAGUUUCUCCGCAGCCCCAGCCGCCAGCAAUACAACCAGCACAGCAACUGGAACAACCCCAACCACAACCGCCACCACCACCACCACAGCAACAACAACAACAACAGAUAGAAGAAGUACUAAACGAAGAACAGCCACAGAACUGGUCCCAGAUAAUACCCUUAUCUCUGCCCAGCAAUGAAGUCGAGAUUGACUUGACAGAACCGUACUUGUUUGACGAAGAAUUUGCACGGAACUUCGGAUCUUGUACGCCACGGCUGGAAGCGUUGAAUUCGACGAAUUUGGACUUUUUGUAUCGUUAUCUAUAA